AUGCCUAGCACAAUCGCAAAAGUAGAAGCUUUCCGUGUACCACCUCGAUGGCUCUUUGUGCGGGUUGAGACCAUGUCUGGCGUGGUCGGCUGGGGCGAGGCGACCCUAGAAGGACAUACUCAAGCAGUUGAGGGUGCACUCGGAGAUCUGACCCACCGCUUCGUUGGCUGGGAUGCAGACAACAUACAAGACAUCUGGCAGACCGCCUACAGAGCUCGUUUCUACCGGGGUGGACCAGUUCUCAUGUCUGCAUUGUCUGGGCUCGAUAUCGCGUUAUGGGAUAUCAAAGGCAAGAAACUGGGUGUACCCGUAUGGCAGCUUCUUGGAGGGAAGGUACGAGAUCGAGUCAAGGUGUACGGAUGGAUCGGAGGGGAUAGCCCAAGUGAUGUUUACAACGCUGCGGUGGAGCGCAAGUCGCAAGGAUUUACGGCCGUCAAAAUGAACGCUACCGAUUCAAUUGGCUGGCUUGAUUCUCCCUCAGUCCUCACCGAUGCAGUCGCCCGUAUUGAAGAGGUCAAACGCACGGGCUUGGAUGUCGGACUCGACUUCCACGGGCGGCUACACAAAGGCAUGGCGAAGCAAUUAGCCAAACUGCUUGAACCGCAUAUGCCCCUCUUUAUCGAAGAACCCCUGCUCCCUACCCAACCUGAGGAAAUCGCCGACCUUUCCCGUUUGGUAUCGACACCCAUCGCGCUUGGAGAACGUCUCUAUACGCGCAGCGAUUUCAGACCUUACCUGGAAAAGAGGGCCAUUGAUAUCGCUCAACCAGAUGUCUCGCAUUGCGGUGGGAUCAGCGAGCUUCAUCGUAUCGCGUCGCUCACGGAAACUUACGACGUCGGUCUGGCGCCGCACUGCCCGCUUGGCCCUAUUGCGCUCGCAGCGUGCAUGCAGGUGGCAAUCUCUGCUCCUAACUUCGUCAUCCAGGAAAUGAGCUGGAAGGUACGUUAUCACACGCUCCCUAAUCAAGAGGCUGACCUAUACACCUACCUUUCGCACCCAUCGGUGUUUGAGAUCAAGGAAGGCUAUCUUGGGUUGCUCCAUGGCAAGUUGACUGUAUCUUCGUUGUCUAGGACUUUGUAUCUGAUGCCUUGUUUCGCAGGUCCUGGAAUCGGUAUAGAAAUCAACGAACAGCUCGUCCGCGAGACCUCCGCCAACUAUACUUCCAAGCAUACGCCUUGGAAGAAUCCAGUCUGGAGAGGCGAAGACGGGUUUGUUAGAGAAUGGUGA